AUGGCUCUCGACAAUGCCAGCUCUACAGCAAGCCCACUCGAGCUCCGCCUCGCCUCCGCAACCGCCACGCCCAUUGCCGAGUUAUGUCCCCAGAUAAUCGAUAGCGCGACGCGUUCCGUCCGCGGCGUCAUCACCGUCGUCUGGCCCUACAGUUUAAUCAAGAAAUCCAUCGGCUUCAACCUUGCCGAACCCGAUUUUCGCCUCCGGAGACUAAAGGGCCAAGUUCGCGUCAAUUUCGAUGGUGCAUGUGCAAAGGCGAUUGCCGCUGCCGGACUGGGUGGCGGCGAUGAGAUCAUCCUCAGUCUCGAUGGCGUGGAAUGGUUGGAGAAUGAUACGCCGGCCAGGAUACCUGGCACCAGUUUAGAAUGGCAAAUAAAAUUCUCUUCUAGAGUUUUAUUGCAGGAUAUACCUGCGAUAGAAGACUCUCCCGAUACGCGCGUCCUCGAUGUGACUCCCCAGAGACCGAAACGACGAUAUGACCUGGACGCGAACGGCGAGUUUGCGUCGCCAGCCUUCAUCAAACGCGCUCGGGUUUCGUACGGCUCCUUAUUCGAGGGCGACUUUAUAUAUGACGAGGAAAAGUCGAAUAAGAAGGGUCGCCGCCAGUCGGGGUUCGCAAGACAUAGCAAUGUAUGGAGGUACAAGAGCGAGUCUCGAUCGCCGUCCCCCGAGCCCGAGUCUGAGCAGGACCAAGCAUCAGAGCCAGAGCCAGAGCCAGAGUUGCACUCAAGGUUAGAGCCGAAGCACGAACUAGACUUGGAACCGGAGCCGAAACUCGCGUCUCAUGAAGCGCCAGAACGAGAUGCCCACCUAGACAGCCAUGAGCCCGAGCUCAGCACACCCGCCAAGCCACAAAUGAUGGACGAAGGUGUCCAGACUCUGCCUAUGGAGAUGGUUUCCUCCCCGGUCAUUGCAUCGAAAUCGGUGCAGGUCUCCUAUGAAAGCCAUGUUGCAGCCGGUUCCGAGUUCGAGGUUGCGAAAGAGGCAAUUACGACGACCAGUGUCACUAAUGAUCUCUCUUACGGCUUACCUCCUGUUAUCGAUCCUCGACUCACGGCGGAUCAUGACCUCCCGCCGGCGCAUGAACCUGCCCACCAUCAGCAUCCUCACAUCGCCGCUGCUAGCCACCACCAGUCGGAGCCAUACCUAAUUUCGUCCGAUGCCCCUUCUGCUGAUGAUGCUGGUGCGUUGGAAGCUCCUGGACAAGAAGAACCAGCCGAAGGCCAGGAAGCGCAAGGGGCACCCGUUAGCUUUGAGCAGAAUAUUAGGACCUUGGUGCGCGACCCAGACCAGCCGGACCGGCCGGAUGAGCUUGUUGAGGACACCAAAGAGGAAGACGGUAUUCCGCCGAUAGCCGGCUACGACGACCCCAAUGUGGAGAACCCGGAGAGCGAAUCCGAAGUUGAAGCCGAUCGGGAAGAAGAGGGCGGCGACUACGACGGGCGAAAUUAUGCCGAUGUCCAGGAUGAUGAGGAAGGGGACGAUGGCGAAGAUCUGGGCGAGAAAGAGGAUCCCGAGGAUCCUGACGCUCAAAUCUACGACGAGGACGAAGAACACUACGAAGAGGAGGAGGCCGAGGCCGAGGCUGAGGCGGAUGAGGAAGAAGAAGAGGAAGAGGAGAGAAAACUAGGCCUCGGCGGAGCGGAUGGCCACGAAGAAUACGAGGGUGAUGGCGAUGGUGACUACCCACUUGAAAAUGCAGAAUAUGGGGAAGGGGAAUACGAGGAAGAGUACAGCGAGGAGUAUGACGGUAGUGGAGGAGAGGGCGAGUAUGGCGAGGAAUAUGACGAAAAUGAUGGAGAAGGUGAAUACGACGAAGAUGAAGAAAACGAGCCCGGGCCUAUGAUGCGACCGCCGGCUCAGCCAUCAGCUCCCGUUUUUAUCGACCUAAUCUCCGAUUCCGAAGACGAUGAAGAGGCGGCUGCACCGGCAGCUGUAACCAGACAAGAGGAUUCCGAAGAGGAAGAGGGUGAAGAGUACGGGGAAGAAGAAGAAGAAGCAGAAGUAGACGAGGAAGAUGAGGAUGAGGACGAGGGUGAGAGUAUGAGGGAGCGCGAAGAUAUGGGAGUGCAGGCUGAAGGGGAUGACGACGAAGAGGUUAGCGAAGAGGAUGCCUCGGACAGCGCCGACACGACGUCCGAGCCCAUACCACCACCACUACCUCCACAAUCGGAAGGAAGCCCGGAAGUGGCACAAACCGUGGUCUCGGAAGAAGUGGUCUCGGUGGAAGAGAUUGAAGAAGAGUCAUCGGGUGCGGAUACCCUCAAAAGCGUCGCUGAGGCCGCAUUCACGGUGACGGUCGAAGAGCCGGAGGCUGAGGAGGAACCUGCACAGUCUCAGGAACCGCCUAAAGUGGAAGAGGCGGUACAAGACGAUGGGUCGGAUGGGGACCACGCCAUGACGGACGCGAUGACGGACGCAGGCAGCAGCGGAGUCCCUUUCGAGGACCAGGUGGAUCUCAUCAAAGCGCCGCAUGAUCACGAGGACGAGGAUGUGGCCAUGACGGAGUCUCCCGAAGCAACGGCAGCGGUGCAUGCGAUGGAUGAGCAGCUCCAAGCCGAGCUUGAGAAGCAGUACCAGGACGAGGUCUCUAUUCUCGAAGCGGAAGAUGAGCGGCUAGAGGAGGCGCAAACGGACGGUGUAGGGGAGGAGAAUGAGACCGACCAACUCGCGCUCGAUAUAACACAGCCGAUUGCCAUUGAUUUUGCGGUGCCUUCCAAAGCACGCGGCGAUCGGCCUCACCUCGUUCUUCCCGAAACGCCUGCGCUGACCCAGGAACACGUCGAUACCCUGGCCACUCAGCAGGUUGACGAGUUUGCGGCGGCGGCGGCCGCCGCCGUUAACAGUGCCCAUGUACCGAAACUCGCGGAGGUAGAGGCGGAGGCGGAGGCAAACACGGUCACAGCCACGGGUGAGGCCGAAGGGGAGAAAUCGGUGGCCCAGACACCACCCCCAUUAGAAGCCCAGCCGACCGCGGCAGCGAGCAUCGAAGCGGCGGAUUCGGCGCAAGAAGACUCCCAACAGCAGGCUGCGCCGGACGGAUUUGCCAUUACCGUCAAAUCGCUGCGGAGCCGGGGCCACCGUCGCAACCUGUCGACGGAAAAGACGGAGCCGGCAAUGGAGGACCCCAGCACUCAGCUCGCUAGGGCGUCGCUGGCGGCGCGACGAUCUAACCUCGCCGAGGCCAGCCCGCCGCAGACAAGCAAAGCCACGAGGGCGCGGACGCGGAGCAUCCAAAUGAGCGAGACGCCGGAGCCAGCGACGGCCGCAGCAGCGGCGGCGGCGGCCGGGCCACAGUCGCCUCUGGCCACGCAAUCGCAGCACUCAGAGGCCGGGGCGGACUCGGAGGAGAAGAGUACGAUGACGGCGCUCAAGUUGCAGCUCAACAAAGCGCUGCGGCCGCGACUGCCGUACCUGACGGCGCUCAAGAGCCUGCGGCAAAACGCCAACCGGACGGUGGACGUGAUUGGGACGGCGGGGCCGGCGCAGGUGGUGGCGGUACAGAUCUUGCGGCCGCACAUCGAAUCGCUGCCGGUGGUGCGGGAGGGGGACGCGGUGCUCCUGCGAGGGUUCGCCGUCACGGCGCUGCGGGGCCGGGAUUUCGGGCUGCGCAGCGGCGACGCCUCGAGCUGGGCCGUGUUUGAGCGGGACCGCGAAGACGGGCUGCCGCAGAUCAAGGGUCCGCCGGUCGAGGUGUCGCCCGAGGAGGACGCGCAGGCCAACUUGCUGAUUCGGUGGUACGCGGCGCUCGGGGCGAAGGCGAGGGAGAAGAUUGCGCUGGCGAACCAGAGGAUGGAGGAGGCUGGCGCGGCAUCCUCGGCGCCAUCGUCGCAGGGCGCGUGA